CCGCAACCGGGAGCGCGCAGGCGCAGCGGUCCGGGAGUCCAGCCAGCGGUCCCGGAACCAGCGGUCACGCCCGUGCCGGUGGCGCCGCUGCCACCGCUCACCAUGGCCCCGGGUCUCCGGCUGCUGCUACCGCUCGUGCUUUGCGUGGGGCUCGGCGCGCUCGUGUCUUCUUCGGGGGUCGGGGGCUUCCGCAAGCGAGGCCCCUCGGUGACGGCUAAGGUCUUCUUUGAUGUAAGGAUUGGAGACAAAGAUGUUGGCAGAAUUGUGAUUGGCCUCUUUGGAAAAGUUGUGCCCAAGACAGUGGAAAAUUUUGUUGCUCUAGCAACAGGAGAGAAAGGAUAUGGAUAUAAAGGAAGCACGUUUCAUCGUGUCAUCAAGGAUUUCAUGAUUCAAGGAGGUGACAUCACUGCUGGAGAUGGCACUGGUGGUGUGAGCAUCUAUGGUGAGACGUUUCCAGAUGAGAACUUCAAGUUGAAGCACUAUGGCAUUGGGUGGGUCAGCAUGGCCAAUGCUGGGCCUGACACCAAUGGCUCUCAGUUCUUCAUCACCUUGACCAAGCCCACCUGGUUGGAUGGAAAACAUGUGGUAUUUGGAAAAGUCAUUGAUGGGAUGACAGUGGUGCACUCCAUAGAGCUCCAAGCAACUGAUGGGCAUGACCGUCCACUCACCAACUGCUCCAUCGUCAACAGUGGCAAGAUAGAUGUGAAAACACCUUUUGUGGUUGAGGUUGCUGACUGGUGACACAACUGGCAGAAAACAGACACACUUUGUCAGGAGUGUGUGUGUGUGUGUGUGUGUGUGUGUGUUGUGUGUCUUUCAAUUCUUUGGUUUGUUUUUUUACUUUCUUUUAAUUUGCUACCCAGAUCAUAGGAAAGUUAUGAAAGUCAAACCGUCAGUCUUUAGUUUGCCUGAAUUUUAGUAAACCACCUGCUUAGGGACUUUGAACUGAAAUAUAUUCCCUUCCUCAAGUGGUGCUAUUUUUAAACUGGAAAAACUUUGAAUUGGCUGUUUUUUAAUGUAAUAAUAUUUUUUCUGAAUUCAUUAUGAUCCUUGUGUUGGGUAAUGCUAAAGAUUUGUUUGAAACAGAUGAGGAUAUGUUUAUUAUUUUGUAUCCAAGUAGAAAUUCAGAUAAGGGAAAUUUGACUAGCGUAAUCUGAGAUAUGUCAUAGGGAUUUCUUCCUGACAAAAAGGUGCUUUGGUGUUCUUUAUAUUAAAUACUUUUUAUAUAGAUCAACUCUUUUUGCAAUACUUUUAAAAAAAAUUUAAAGUUCUUUAAAAAAAACAAAUAUACAAAAAUACACUCUCUAGCAUCAAUAGUGAACAGAUUAGAAAGAUUUUAUAAAUCCAACUACAAACACAAUUAGAUAACUCAGAAAUUAUGUCCAUCCACAUCUCAUAUGCUUAAGCUGAUUUUUUCACUUAUUGUUAUUCAAUGUAACAUUUUUAGAAAGUUAUCUUGAGUCCAUUUGCAAUAGGAAUAUUUCUUGUUACUUUCAUAAGGGGAUUAAGACUCAGGCUAUAAAGCCUGGGUAUGGUGGCUCAUGCCUGUAAUCCCAGCACUUUGAGAGGCUGAGACAGGAGAAUUGUUUGAGCCCUGCAGUUUGAGACUAGCCUGGGCAACAUAGUGAGACCCUGUCUCUACAAAAAAUAAAAUUAGCUGGUUAUGUUGGUGUACAUCUGUAGUUUCACAUACUCAGGAGGCUGAGGUGGGAGGUUCAGUUGAGUCCAGGAGGUCAAGGCUGCAGUGAGCUGCGGUUGCACCAGGGAACAGAGUGAGACCCUGUCUCCAACAACAACAAACCACUCAGGCUAUAUUUAAACUAGAUCAGGCCAGGUGUGGCAGCGCAUAUCUGUAGUCCCAGCUACUGAAGAGGCUGAGGUGGGAUGACUGCUUGCAUCCAGGAAUUUGGAGCUAUGGUGAGCUAUACUGAUUGUGUAUCUGUACUAAGUUUGGCAUCAAUAUGGUGACCAGGCCAGGCUUGGUGGCUCACACCUAUAAUCCCAGCACUUUGGGAGGCUGAGGCGGGUGGAUCACGAGGUCAAGAGAUCAAGACCAUUCUGGUCAACAUGGUGAAACCCCAUCUCUACUAAAAAUACAAAAAAUUAGCUGGGUAUGGUGGUGUGUGCCUGUAAUCCCAGCUACUUGGGAGGCUGAGGCAGGAGAAUUGCUUGAACCCAGGAGGCGGAGGUUGCAGUGAGCUGAGAUCGUGCCAUUGCACUCCAGCCUGGGUAACGAGCAAAACUCCAUCUCAAGAAAAAAAAAUAUGGUGACCACCAGGGAGCAUGGGACCACCAGGUUGCCUAAGGAGGGGUGAACUGGUUCAGAUUGGAAACAAAGCGGGUCAAAACUUCUGUGCUGGUCAGUAGUGGGAUCACACCUGUGAAUUACCACUGCACUCCAGCCUGGGCAACAUAGCAAGACCCUAUCUUUAAAAAAGAAAAAAACCUAAUGGGAAAGUGAAAUUCUACUAGGUCCUUGUUAUAACAUACCUGGCUAUAACAGAGUGUGCUUGAUUUCUGUUCAGAUGGGAAGUGUUGUCUGUUAGAAAACAGUGCCAUUGCUUCUCCUCCAGGACUCACACAGUGAGGAUCCAAAAGAAUCUAUCUCAAGUUGUUUUCUAAGAAAAUAGCAUCCAUUCGAGAUGAAUUGAGUGUUCCUACUGCUGAUUCAUAAAUUGCUACAAUACUCUUGGAGAGCAAUUUGUUAUUUUUUUUAAUAAAUAUUUAUUGAGUGUCUUUGA